AUGUGCGAAGAGAUGCGUUGGUUGGAAUACGCACACCGCCUGCAUGAAAGCAGGAGAGGUGUUUGCAUUGACACUACGCCGGAGACGGAUCUAGCCAAGUUACUUUUCAGCUACAGUACCAAGAAUGGUGCUAGAUCGCUUGAUCUAAAAGUCGGCGAAAUCAGGGAGGGAUACGCUGCUGACUUUGCAUUGGUCGACAUUGAGGAGGAGCAGCUCAAAUUCUCAACCGCGUCGUCUCUUAUGGGUGCGUUUAUUUUUGGAGCAAAUGGCUCCAGUGUGGUGACGGCGACAUCGGUGAACGGAAAGUGGCGUGAGAUGAUCUCGAGGAAGGUUGAGAAACAUUGUUUCUACUUCCGGCGAGGAGGCAACUGUGGGUCAGGUAAUUGCCGGCUGGCUUACCGCUCAGGGUUGGCGCGUGCACAUGCAAAGGUUCCACCACAGUCUGAUUCUGUGGUGAAAGCGGACAGAUACAACAUGUAUGCUACUCGUAGUGACAGCAAGACCCCACGUCUCCUAUUUAACUCUCAUAUGGAUACCGUUCCACCUUACUUUCUUCCUCGGAUUGACAGCACGACACUGUACGGCCGUGGUGCUUGCGACGCGAAGAGUCUGAUUGCCGGCCAGAUGAUUGCAGCGCAGAAACUCGUUGAUGCUGGUUUUAGUGAUGAUGUUCAGCUUCUCUUUGUCGUAUCCGAAGAAACAGACCACACCGGCAUGAAGAAAGCGAACGAGUUGAAUGUGAACCCGGCUUACAUGAUUGUAGGCGAGCCUACUGCUCUACAGAUGGCAAAAUUGCAAAAGGGUGCUCUCAAAAUUCAACUUACACAGGAAGGUGUUGCAGCACACAGCGGAUACCCACACUUGGGCGACUCAGCAAUUGACCCGAUGAUCGAUGUCCUUUACGCCCUGAAGAAGGAAAACUGGCCUACAACCGAAGCAUACGGUAGCACAGACCUUAACAUUGAUGUCGUCUACAAGCGUGUUGAGGAGAUCGUGGCUGGACGUGUAAACAUGAAACUCUACACGGACAACGCUCCGGUGCAUUUAACCACUGUGGAGGGCUAUGAAACUUGUAUCGCGUGCUUCAUACCUUACUUCAAUUUCGACGGCAAAGCCUAUCUAGUUGGUGCUGGUAGCAUUACAAACGCACAUUGCUCACGCGAGUCAAUUCUUCUUGAAGAUCUUAGAACCAUGGUUGACUACUACAUUACAUUGGGCAAGCGGUUGAUGGAGGUCGGCCACUAA